AUUUUAUCAAAACUAUUUACAUCGUAAUCGAAGGUCAAAUGUUUUAGCUAUUUAUCGUUAAAUAUGUGCUUAUUUUAUCAAAGAUGAAUCUUUAUUUAUUAACUUUUGUUGUUUUCCUCAAGGUUACAGAGGCACAAUAUGGCGAUGUACGAUGCAAAUGUGUUUGUCCAAGAGACGUUUUGAAACGUAAUGUUGUAAUCAAGUUUGUCUCAGUGCAUAAUUGCACCUGUGUAAACUUGAUACAAUUGGAAGAAAGCAAAUGUCUACGUUGUCGCUGCGACUACGAAGCAAGAAACACAGUGUUAAUUAAGGUUGUAGUAACAUUCAUUGUGGUUGUCUUGGUAAUUCUUAUUAUUUAUAUGAUUAUGUUGUCAAUAUUAUCUCUGUGGAAACCUCGUGAACUUAGUGUUCGAUCUGAUGUGCUUCAAGAGAGAUUAAUACAACGUUCAAACACACUGAACCGACUAGAUAGUACUGUAACGAAGUGGAAAGAAAGUGUUGAAAAUCAGCGUAGAAAUGUUUACAAUCACCACACAAUGCUUAGUUAAUAAUAUUUAUAAGAAAGUGUUGAAAAUCAGCGUAGAAAUGUUUAUAAUCACCACAUUAUGCUUAGUUAAUAUACAAGUUUUUUCUUCACUAAUCAUCUUUGAGUAAUUCAAGAAAGAAUGCUGACAGAACAUUUUGGUUGUAAAUGUAACGUUAACUUUUUUAAUUCAUGUUUUUUAAGGAGUCAAGAAAUAUAUUAAUGCUUGACUCAAGUAAUGUCAUCAAAUACAAAACUACUUGUGAUAGUUGAACUAGCUCAUUUUACACAACAAUUACUUCACAAAUUUUAUAUUGUAGAUAACAUAAAUCUUAAUGUAAUCAUGUACAAAUGUUGUUGUCAAAUGUAAUUUUGUAAAAACCCCAAAUUAUCCCAACAUAACCCUAGAUUACAUAAGAAAUCGAAACUUUUA